GGGGGAGGGGGCGCUUCCUGUUUGUCUCGGGCCGAGCGGGGCAGCGGCCAUGGCGGGUGUAGGCCCUGCGCCCGGCGGCCGGAGGCGGCGCGGAGCCCCCACGAACAUCCUGGCUCAGCUCCGCCACGGGCAGCUCAGCGGGCGAGGCCUCACGCGGGGGGCGCAGAUCACAGAGGCCUUGUUGAAGGAAAGAGAUAAACAAGCGAAGUGGAAUGGGAUUCCCCUGCUGUUACAAAAGCUAUAUGAGCACAGUCACCCAAACAGUGAUUUCUCCCAGUGCCAAAGCAUCUUAAAGGAAAUCUCUCCACUUCUUUCAAUGGAAGCCAUGGCGUUUGUGACAGAAGAUAGAAAAGCUGCUCAGGAGUCCACUUUCCCCAAUACAUACACAUUUGACUUGUUUGGAGGUGUUGAUCUUUUAGUAGAAAUUCUCAUGAGACCAACUCUUAUGACACAGAAAAAGAAACAAAAAAUAAGUGAUGACCUCAUCAAGGACUGUUUAAGCAUACUGUACAACACGUGUGUAUGUACGGAGGGAGUCAUAAGGCGAUUGGCAGAAAGAAAUGACUUUGUGCUCUUCCUGUUUACACUGAUGACAAACAAAAAGACAUUCCUACAAACUGCAACACUCAUUGAAGAUAUCUUGGGAGUAAAAAAGGAAAUGAUACAACUGGAUGAUAUUCCUAAUCUUGCAAGCCUUGUGUCCAGUUUUGAUCAGCAACAGCUUGCAAAUUUCUGCAGGAUCCUUGCUGUCACAAUUUCAGAACUAGACACAGGAAGCGAUGACAAGCACACCCUUCUUGCAAAAAAUGCCCAGCAGAAAAAAAACUUGGGUCCUUCUCGAGCUGAAGUUAAUCAAGCUACACUUCUGAAUAUACCAGGUUUCAUUGAACGAUUAUGCAAACUGGCAACACGGAAGGUAUCUGAAACAACAGGCACCUCCAGCUUCCUUCAGGAGCUUGAAGAAUGGUACACCUGGCUGGACAAUGCCCUCGUGCUUGAUGCAUUAAUGAGAGUGGCAAAUGAAGAGGCAGAGCAGAGCAGUACAGAGUCUUCUGAUGAAAGUGGUUUGGCCAACACCUCAACACGAACACAGCUUCCACAGUCUAUGAAGAUCAUGCACGAGAUCAUGUAUAAGCUGGAGGUGUUGUAUGUCCUCUGUGUGUUGCUCAUGGGGAGACAAAGGAAUCAGGUUCACAAAAUGAUAGCAGAAUUCAAACUGAUUCCUGGCCUCAAUAAUUUGUUUGACAAACUGAUCUGGAGGAAGCAUUCAGCAUCUGCUCUUGUUCUGCAUGGACACAAUCAAAACUGUGACUGUAGCCCAGAUAUCACUCUAAAGAUACAGUUCCUGAGGCUUCUUCAGAGCUUCAGUGAUCACCACGAGAACAAGUAUCUCCUGUUAAACAGCCAAGAACUUAAUGAGCUGAGUGCAAUCUCCCAUAAAGCCAACAUCCCUGAGGUUGAUGCAGUUGUCAACACAGACAGGAGUCUUGUCUGUGAUGGGAAGAGAGGUUUGUUGACCAGACUGCUUCAGGUCAUGAAGAAGGAACCAGCUGAAUCCUCCUUCAGGUUUUGGCAAGCAAGGGCAGUUGAAAGCUUUUUGCGAGGCACCACCUCCUAUGCAGACCAGAUGUUCCUGCUCAAGAGAGGACUCCUGGAGCAUAUUCUGUACUGCAUUGUUGAUAGUGAGUGCAAAUCACGGGAUGUGCUUCAGAGUUACUUUGACCUUCUGGGAGAACUGAUGAAAUUCAAUAUUGAUGCAUUCAAGAGGUUCAACAAGUACAUCAACACGGAUGAGAAGUUCCAGAUAUUUUUAAACCAGAUCAACAGUUCACUGGUUGACUCCAACAUGCUGGUUCGCUGCAUCACGCUGUCCCUGGACCGGUUUGAGAAUCAAUCUGAUGCUAAAGUUGCAGAAGUCCUGUCAGAGUGCCGCCUGUUAACAUACAUGUCCCAGAUGUCCAUGAGAAUGUCCUUUCUUUUCCGUCUCAUUAAUAUUAUUCAUGUACAGACACUUACACAGGAAAACGUCAGUUGUUUGAACACAAGUUUAGUUAUCCUAAUGCUGGCCCGAAGGAAAGAAAAGCUACCAUUUUAUCUGCGCACUUUGCAACAGAUGGAAUACACAGAGAAGUAUCCAGGCUUCAUCCUGAACAACUUCCACAGUCUUCUGCGAUUCUGGCAACAGCAUUACCUCAACAAGGAUAAAGACAGCACCUGCUUAGAAAAUAGCUCAUGUAUUAGUUUUACCUACUGGAAAGAGACUGUAUCUAUACUGCUCAGUCCAGACCGGACAUCCCCCUGUGCCAUAGUUAGCUACAUCGACGAGGCAUACAUGGACAUUGACAGAGACUUUUCUGAGGAGUAAUUCUUUGCUCUGGCUUCUGAUGGGCAGCACUCAGAGGGUACCUCUCAGCCCGUGGAUUAUCAGGGAUACGCUGUGCUGUGCUGUGUGUGUGCGACUCGGAACCCCACCCCCAUCUCCGACCUCUGAUGGAUGAGACUUUGAAAGCUCUCUGGGUUCACAUUCAGGGAUGUAUUUUCCAGUUGUUCUGGGAUAAAAAGAAUCACCUGCAAAAAAAAUGAGCUCCCCCCACCCUUUUUUUUUUUAACCCCACUUAUUCUCUUUCCCAAUCAAAUGUGGAUGAGUUUUGAGCUGGCAGAUGAGGACAGUCUGUGUGUGCCAAUUGAGUUAUGAUUCUUUCCCAUGGCCAUCACAAUUGGUAAGUCGACAAGCACAGCAAUUGCCCUCCAUCCAAAUGUGAGCUUCAAGGAGCCGCUCUGUUUGGGACCUGGAUGCACCACACACACAGAGGGCUCCCUCCAGGUGCAGCUCCUCUGUUGGGGUUUGGAGCAGGGGGCUUAGGGUUGGUCAGAGUGCGAGUGUGUGUGAGUGUAAGUGUGUGUGCUUUUAAUUCCUGAGAGCCCUUGCUCCAGUCACCUCUUUAUCAUCUACUUUUGGAUCACUUGGUACUAAAUCUGUUCAGCCGCUGUCUGUGUUAGCAGAGAUCCUCUGCUCCUGCUCUCUUUCCUGCAGAUCCUCCCCACCCAAAGGCAUUUCACAGUGCUGCAGAGCACAGGGACAUUGCAGUGGUGGAAUUGCAGCAGGCGUUGCCUUGUUCCAUGGAGCACUAGCAUUAAAAUGUACUAAUUCUUUUUUAAACUUGGGGCUUGUAACUAAUCUGGUUUUAACUCAUUUUCAGGACCCACUGCUCUCAGUGCUCACCUGCAAUGUGUGACAGUCUCUGCUUUCAGUCCUUAACAUCAACACACACGUAAAUCUUUUAAGUGCAAUAUUGAGUGGAGACGUCAGUUAUUCCUGGAUCUGUUUGAACCAGCACGUGUUAAAUGCUGGGAAUAAACACUCUUAGCUGAAAAAGAACUGAGCAGGAUGUGUUGGAAGGGGGAAAGCAGGUUCUAGCAGUCACAACUCAUGCUUGCCAGGUUGAUGCACACCCUGCCAGCUCCCCAGUGCUCAUUGUGUUGCUCCAAGAAUGUCAUGUUCUUGGAGUUGAAGUACAGUCUGCAAUCCUGCACCACUGCAUUGCAUUCAAACAUUGCAUUCAAACCAUCUGCAUCUUGCAGCUCCAGCUUCAAGGAAGGGGAAAUGCAGCUGAGUUUUUAAAGGAAUCUUUUAACUUCUGUGAGUCAAUGCGAUGUUGGCUCUCUCUGGGGCCCAGAGCUGGUUGGUCUCUAUCCCUUUACCAGCAGAACGAAGCCCCCUCUGAGGGGUCCCCUGUGCUGGGACCUGGCUGAGAGGAGGAGGCUUCCAGCCCCACAUACAGGACUUGCUCUCUGAAUCCACCCCUUGCUCAUCUCCCACGUGUGUCCUGCUCCAGCAGCAGGCACUGCUUUGCUUGCAGGGUGCUCAGAGCUGCUGAGCUGGAGCAGGAGCUCCUGGGGGCAUUUAGCCCCUGCUCAGCCUCUGCCCAGCUCCAGCUCCUGGCUGCCCCUCUGCUCUCCAUCAGCUCACCCUGUGCUCUCCCUUCCCCUGGCUAAUUUCUUUCUCAUCUGUAAUUUUUUUUUGUUCUUGUGUAUUUGUGUUUUUUGGUGUAUCUUUGCAUCUUCUUAACUGUAAUAGAUGUACACUUCAAAUAAAUGCUUCAAAUUAAAAGGCUUUUUAAGUUAA